CUAGGCAGCCCAGUCUCUCCAGGCACCUAGGAAUCUGCAAAAGAGCUUUUCCCACGCAAAGAAGUCCAGGGGCCACAAACAAGGCCCCCGGAAUCAUGUCAGACCCCACAGUCACUGCCUUCCUGACCAAGGUGCUUUGCUCACAAGGUGGUCGACUGCCCAGGCAACUGCUGCCUGAAUUCUUGGAGCUUCCUACCCAGCAAAUAGAGGAGAUACUGCAGGAUGAACCUCAGAAGUUUACGAUGGUUGGGGAACUGAUCUUGGCCCGAAACCCUGUGAGGAUCUGUGCCAAAUAUUUCAAGAAUGAACCAGAGGAGGAGUGUGACAAGCUGCACCUAUGCCGACACUAUCUGCAGGGCAAAUGCUGGCCUGGCAAGAGGCCACAGUGCAAGCUCUCGCAUGAUGUUUUAUCAGAUCAUAACCGGUUGGUUUUAAAAGCCAAUGAGAUUAUUGGACAGAAUGAAGAGGAGCUAAAAGUCCUCCUGUUCCAGAAUGACCACCAACUGCUGCCGGAGGUUUGUAUGAACUAUCUGCAUGACACAUGUGAUCUCGGUAAGGAUUGUACACGGCUUCACAUUUGUGGUUUCUUCACAUGAGGAGAAUGUAAUCAUCGCAUCUGUAAAUUUUCACACUACCUCCUGGAGUUCAGUUCGGACUUAAUCAACCACAGUCGUAUAUCUGAGGUGUCUAUUCAGAACUUUCAGAUGCUAUGUACUGUGAAACACAAUGAACGCCUUCAGUCACUGAGGGUAGAGGGAAAAUAAGAAGCAUCUGCAGUACCAGGCCACUGCAAAGGUGAUAAAAUGUUGUAUUGUCAAGUAAAGCAUUGUGAUUUACAUAAUUUGUAUACCUGAUAGCAUUGUAUGGACAGUUUAGGGUUAACCACCCGGGUUCACUUUCCUACGUUGCCAGCAGAUGGUCCGAGGAAUCAUCUUUUUAGUUUAGUCAGUAGAGAGUAGUGAGUCUAGCUGUGCCACAGCAAGGGUCUACAUCAGUAAGCUCCUCAGAACUAGGCUGGAGCUCAGAGAACCUUCAUCCCUGAUACUUCUACAGCCAAGGAACAUACUUUAUCAUCA